CCAAUAUUCUUCGUUUCAGUUUUUGUUGGGAUAACAGACAGAAACAGAACACAUCGAAAGCAUAAUUUGUUUAGAUCUUCUUCACAAUGAGUCGAUACGAUUCCAAUCCUUUUGACGAUGACGUUAAUCCAUUUUCUAAUUCUGGAGCUGGAGGUGUUCAACCCGCACCCUCCAGGCUCUCACCUCUUCCCCAUGAAACUUACGAUCGUGGUGCAACGAUUGACAUUCCUCUCGAUACUGCAAAGGAUUUGAAAGCUAAGGAGAAGGAGCUUCAAGCCAAAGAAGCUGAAUUAAAGAAGAGGGAACAGGAAUUAAAACGGAGGGAAGAUGCUAUUGCAAGAGCUGGAAUUGUUAUAGAGGAGAAAAAUUGGCCACCAUUUUUUCCCCUUAUCCAUAAUGAUAUUGCAAAUGAAAUACCGAUCCAUCUACAGAACGUCCAGUAUGUUGCCUUCACAACAUUGUUGGGUUUGGUUGUGUGCCUUUCGUGGAACAUUAUAGCAGUUACUACUGCUUGGAUCAAUGGUGAAGGUCCAACAAUAUGGUUUCUUGCUAUUAUCUACCUCAUAUCAGGUGUACCUGGAGCAUAUGUCGGGUGGUAUCGUCCUCUCUAUCGUGCUACAAGGACUGAUAGUGCUCUGAAGUUCGGGUGGUUUUUCCUAGUUUACUCGAUUCAUAUUAGCUUCUGCGUCUUUUCUGCAGUUGCUCCUCCCAUUAUAUUUAAGGGGAAAUCUCUUACAGGGAUCUUACCUGCUAUAGACUUGUUGGGUACUAAUGCUUUGGUUGGGAUAUUCUACUUCAUUGGCUUUGCAUUCUUCUGCAUUGAAUCACUAAUCAGCAUAUGGGUUAUCCAGCAAGUAUACAUGUACUUCCGAGGUAGCGGUAUGGCUGUAGACAUGAAACGUGAAGCCGCCAUGGGAACCCUGAGGGCAGCUUUUUGAUAUGAACAUUCAAACUGGUUUUUAGCUGCUGUGAAAAGUCUCAAAGAUCAACUCCAUCCCCCACCCCCCACUUGAAGAGUGUGUGCGUGUGUGUGUAAGAAAAAUCCAUUUUUUUGACCACCUUCGUUUUCAUCAACAGUUUUCAUAUAGUAAAGUUGCUUUUCGUGUUAUUUUUCUUAUUAAUUGAUUGAAGAUUGUCUUAGCCAAAAACCAUAUAAAAUUUAGCAAGCA